AUGCUGAAUCUCUUUCGACAACGUCAAUAUUCGCCAGUCCUCUCUGAUAUUGAGUCGGAGGAGAAAAAUGAUAGAGUUCUACAAAAUCGACAACUUCAACCACCAAGACUACUUUGCGCGGUAGUUCUUGGGGCUUUGGUUUUGGGGAUAGCUUUUUUCAGUGGUGUCAUUUUUGAGAAUCACUUCCUUCGAUACCAAGCUCCGGACCCUUAUCAGAACAGAGAGCGUUGUAGCAAUCCCUCGACGCGCAGAGAGUGGCGGUCAUUCAGUGCGGCAGAGAAAGCAAGUUAUCUGGAUGCUGUCCAAUGCCUGAGAGAGACACCGUCGAGAUUACAUUCAGAUUAUUCAUUAUACGAUGAUUUUCCGUGGGUUCAUACCAAUAUUGGAAACUACUUCUCUUUAAAAGCAAAGAACAUUGACAUUUAUUUGUGCUGUAGCUAUUGGGAUUGGUCUCUUGAUUGGGAAAAUAUAACCAACUCCCCUGUAUGGGACAAUGAACUCGGCUUUGGCGGUAACGGAGAUCCAAAUUCAGAAGUUAUUGACUCACGUGGGAUUGGACAGUGUGUUGUUGACGGUCCUUUUGCUCUACUAUCUGUCCCAUACAUCGGCUCUAAACACUCGCGGCACUGCUUAUCGCGCUCCUUCAACACAACCGAUAGCUCGGAAUCGUUGAAAAUUAAGCCUUAUGUGCUGAAUCAAUUGAUGGAUACAGAUGAUUACGAGAAAUUUAACCUGGGUCUUGAAAAUACUGCACAUAAUUCAAUUCCCCAUAUGAUCCGAGGGGACUUCUCCAUGUUUACAGCUCCAUAUGAUCCUGUUUUCUUUCUUCAUCACACGCAGCUUGAUCGACUUUGGUGGUUGUGGCAGCAGAAAGAUAUACAGAGUCGUUUGUAUCAGUACCGAGGUGCUGCAGCUUUUAAAUCUCUUGAGAAGGCGUCAGUCAAAGAUCUUCUGCUAAUGGGAGAAUUGAUUGCCGAUAUUGAAGUCAAGGACAUUCUUGAUACGGAAUCCGGGAACAAUUUGACUAAUUACUCAUACAUUGGGGGCACCUCUAACCGUGUAAUCGCAGCUCGACUUGCAUACGAUUCUACUGUAUCUAUUCUCACCGUUGAAGCCGAAGCUAGCAAUGAUACAUAUCCCGCUACUACAAAACCUGCUGCAGUUUCACAGAUACUUGUGACUGAAGCCGACUGGAACAUCAAAAGUGAGCCUUGUGAAGAGCUCGAAAAUCGUCAAUUGCAUCUUGCGAGGGGAAAGGUUCUCGGUGGAAGCAGCGGUUGUCUUCAAGGAUGGAGUGGAGAUGAGAUGUUUAAAUAUAUGUCAAAGGCUGAGACAUUCCACAACAAGCCAUGGUUUGACGCCGAGAAAGAUGCACAUGGAUACAAUGGUCCUAUCAUCACACCUCCCUAUGAUCCAGCACCGAUUUCAAAUCUUGUGCUCGAAUCAUAUCAAUCAAUAGGAUUACCCUUGAUUCCAGAUAUGUUUAGCACUGGCAAGAGUGCUCAUGACUGCGGACAUGCUGUUCGGACAGUCUCCCAAGGCACUCGUACAAUGGCUACAGAUUAUCUCACAACUCUCACGAAAGAGGGAAGUAUUUCAACAAAGACGAACGCUUAUAUCGGUCGCAUCAAUCUUGAAACGGAUACCGCUGGUGCGUUACGUGCUAACGGUGUCUUCCUGCAAGAUAUCACCGGACAGAAGUCUUUCAUGAAAGCUCGCAAAGAGGUAAUCGUCUCAGCAGGAACAUAUGGAAGUCCAAUAAUCCUCCUCCGGUCUGGAAUCGGCUCCAAAGAGUUGAGAAGCUUGGAAUUCAAAGCCGAGCAGAUCUCCCAGUUUGUUCUUUCAUUCUAUGAACUAUCGAAGCCAGCUCUCACUAACGACCAUCUUAUUUGGCACCCCGGUGAAAGAGACAAGUCGUUGGCUCAGUAUAAAACCGACAAAACCGGGUUUUUCUCUCCAUUCCCAUUUGGAAUUUUUGCAUUUGCUCGUCUAGACUCCAGACUAGCAGAUUCUUACCUAUGGAACUCCGCUCCCCGCGCCAAAGGUCUCGAUCCAAUGGGUCUCUCGCCUACCCAACCCCACGUCGAAUUCUGGAACCCAGAAUGCUACAGUCCAAAAUACAUGUUCGGGGACUUCCCCCCAGAUGGCCAGUAUGCGUUUGCAAUGGCUACGGAAUUCUUCGCACCGCGAUCACGAUGUGAAGGCAGUCUCAAGUCAAGCGAUCCUACGGAAAACCCUGUUGUGAAUCACCGCUAUCUCGAAGAUCCGUUGGAUAUGCUCGUAUUCAUCAAGGGAUGUCGCAUGGCGAAUGAAAUUGCAAUGAAGGGGGCAGGAACUAAGGAUAUUGUGAUUGGAUCAUGGCCAGGGUCUAGAAAUCAUCAUAGUUUUAAUACGCGAGAAGAUUGGAUGUCGGUUAUCAGAUCUAAUGCAGAUACAUGCUAUCAUCCAGUCGAAACAUGCAAGAUGGGAAGAACAGACGAUCCUCUGGCUGUACUUGACAAAAAUCAAAAAGUACGCGGGAUCACCGGUCUUCGAGUCGCAGAUGUAAGUGUGAUGCCCUCCCUCAUCGGAGAACAUCUUCAAAUGCCCGUUUAUGGAAUCGCCGAAAAAGCUGCUGAUCUUAUUAUUUCUGACAAUUGA